AUGGAGGACACAAAGUCCUAUCACGAUAUCAUCGAAGCCAACAAAGACUCCCUCAGAAUAUUCCACUGGAUUUACUGGGUGUUUCUCAGUGGCAGCACCGGACUAUGGGCAAUCGUCAUCACAUGGUCAAUCCUAACAUACGAAUCGAGACGGAAGCGAGCUCUACGACUCAAAGAGAUUGAAGAAUAUGCAUUGGAUGAAGUGGGGCAGGACUCAGAUUCCGCAGUGGAAGACUUGAUUGAGGAUCUCGUUCGAGACGACGAUGUUGAGCAGGCGCCUCAAGAUCCGUGUCGUAUAUCACUGUUGUCAAAGUCUAGGCGAGAUCAAGCAGGAGGGAACAGGAAUGGGUAUGGUGCCAUUUAG